AUGGGGAGUUCAUUUAAUGCUCAGAUAUUAGUUGAGAAGCUUGCCAAGCUCAACAAUUCUCAAGCAAGCAUAGAGACUUUAUCGCAUUGGUGCAUCUUUCACAUGAACAAGGCAAAACAUGUUGUGGAAACAUGGGGUAGGCAGUUUCACUGUUCUCCACGUGAGCAGCGCUUGGCAUACUUGUACCUUGCGAAUGAUAUCUUGCAGAACAGCAGGCGAAGGGGUUCAGAGUUUGUGGAAGAGUUCUGGAAAGUACUCCCCGAUGCUCUUCGUGAUGUGAUUGCAAAUGGGGAUGACUUUGGAAGAAAAUCUGCACGUCGACUGGUUAACAUAUGGGAAGAGAGGAAGGUUUUUGGAUCCCGUGGACAUGUUCUCAAAGAAGAAAUUCUCGGUAGGCAGCCUGAGAAUGGAACCAGAAACGGACCCCUCGUGCCACUUAAGCUUUCUGUUCAACAAAAACCGGCAAAUGGAACUCCGCUGGAGAGAGUAGUCUCUGCUGUCGAAGCUCUUAACGGCGUUCUGACUGAUGAGGAUGUUACUGUUGGAAAAUGUACUAAUGCAGCUGGUUUCCUUGAGAAAGCAGCGGUGGAGGUUGAGAGAGAUCUAAGUUCAGGACACACCCCAGGCCCCGCGGUGGUAAAGGAGGUGCAGGGACAACAUGCCAUACUGAGAGACUGCAUUGAACAGCUAGGGGCAUUGGAGACAUCCAGAACAAGUCUCGUCUCUCAUUUGAGAGAGGCGUUACAAGAACAGGAGCUCAAGUUGGAGCAAGUCCGCAACCACCUUCAGAUUGCUAGGUUUCAAUCAGACCGAGCUGGUGAGCUCUGCAAACAGUUUGUAGACCAUGGUGGUAGCUCACAUCCUCCUGCUACAGAAGUUGAAGAGUCAAAAGAAGCCAUCAUAGUUUCAUCCGCUGCAGCAGCACCACCGCAAAGCUUCACACACAGCGAUGUGGAACAAUCUGCACCGGUUAUGUUUGCUUCAAACCCACCAACUCAAUCAUUGGUAGAUCCAAGAAAAACCGCAGCCGCCGCAGUGGUAGCUAAGCUAACCGCAUCAACUUCCUCAGCGGAGAUGCUCUCCUACGUUCUCUCCUCCUUAGCCUCUGAAGGCAUCAUCGGAAACAACGCUUCCUCAGCUGUAACAGAAACACAAUCAUCCGUCGAUUACCCACCAGAGAAAAGGGCCAAGCUCCAAAACCAUGACCAGCCCUUUCUCCAACAGAACGCCGCAACAACAUCCACAGUCAUCACCAGUCCACAACCGCUCCCGCCACCACCACCACCGUUCCAGCUUCAACCUCAGUUCUUGCAGCCGUUACAACCUCCCGGUCCUGUAAACCACACACCAUUCAACUACACCAUAGCAACCACUGAACAACAACAGCAGCAGCAGCAACAAGGUCCUUGGGUUCCUGGGCUCGGUCCACUUCCAACAACCUCUGCUCCAUCGGACAAUUCAUACCAGAAUUUUCAGGGACAAGAUGGUUUCUAUGGCAUUAACUCAUCGGUCUCUAUGACACCCGUUACUCGGCAGUAG